GCCAAAGCUGGGGGGCCCGUGGCGGAUGGAGCCCGAGAUGGAGCCGGAGACUCUGGAGGCACGAAUCAACAGAGCCACGAACCCCCUGAACAAGGAGCUGAACUGGGCCAGCAUCAACGGCUUCUGUGAGCAACUCAACGAGGACUUCGAGGGGCCUCCACUUGCCACCCGGCUGUUGGCCCACAAGAUCCAGUCCCCGCAGGAGUGGGAGGCGAUCCAGGCCCUGACGGUGCUGGAGACGUGCAUGAAGAGCUGUGGCAAGAGGUUCCACGAUGAGGUGGGCAAGUUCCGUUUCCUCAACGAGCUCAUCAAGGUCGUGUCUCCCAAGUACCUGGGCUCUCGGACAUCAGAGAAGGUGAAGAACAAGAUCUUAGAGCUCCUCUACAGCUGGACGGUUGGCCUGCCUGAGGAAGUGAAGAUUGCAGAGGCCUACCAGAUGCUCAAGAAGCAGGGAAUAGUGAAGUCCGACCCCAAGCUUCCGGAUGAUGCCGUCUUUCCCCUUCCUCCUCCGCGGCCCAAGAAUGUGAUCUUUGAAGAUGAGGAGAAAUCCAAGAUGCUGGCCCGCCUGCUGAAGAGCUCCCACCCCGAGGACCUCCGAGCAGCCAACAAACUCAUCAAGGAGAUGGUGCAGGAGGACCAGAAGCGGAUGGAGAAGAUCUCGAAGCGGGUGAGUGCCAUUGAGGAGGUGAACAACAACGUGAAACUGCUGACGGAGAUGGUGAUGAGCCACAGCCAGGGCGGUGCUGCGGCCCGCAGCAGUGAGGACCUUAUGAAGGAACUGUACCAGCGCUGUGAGCGGAUGCGGCCCACACUCUUCCGACUGGCCAGUGACACAGAGGACAAUGACGAGGCCUUAGCGGAGAUCCUGCAGGCCAACGACAACCUCACCCAGGUGAUCAACCUGUACAAGCAGCUGGUGCGGGGCGAGGAGGUCAACGGUGAGGCUGCCACCAGCUCCAUCCCUGGCAGCACCUCAGCCCUGUUGGAUCUCUCAGGCCUGGAUCUCCCUCCUGUGGGCACCACCUCCCCAGCCAGGCCCCCCUGCCCUGGCGAGCAGGCCAGCCCCAGCACCUCCGUUUCCCUGCUUGAUGAUGAGCUCAUGUCUCUGGGCUUAAGUGACCCCACACCCCCUCCAGGCCCAAGCUGGGAGGGUGCUGGAUGGAACAGCUUCCAGCACCGCCUCAGGCACCUGCAUCCUUUGUGUACCCACCAGUCAUCUGACAGCGCUGAGCCCUCAGUCCCCGCUCCGGCACCCAGCGUGGACAGCUGGUCCCCAGCAAAGACACCCCUGCCGGUGAGCAGUGGUCUGGACGACCUGGACCUCCUGGGAAAGACUCUGCUGCAGCAGUCACUGCCCCCGGAGUCCCAACAAGUGCGGUGGGAGAAGCAGCAGCCAGCCCCCCGGCUCACGCUCCGGGACCUGCAGAAUAAAAGCAGCUGCAGCUCGCCCAGCUCCGGCGCCACCAGCCUCCACACCGUGUCCCCUGAGCCCUCUGGGCCCCCGCAGCAGCCCCCGCAGACUGAGCUCUCGCUGGCCAACAUCACUGUGCCCCUGGAGUCCAUCAAGCCCAGCAGCAUCUUGCCGGUGACUGUGUACGACCAGCAUGGCUUCCGGGUCCUUUUCCACUUUGCCCGCGACCCGCUGCCCGGGCGCUCCGACGUGCUGGUGGUGGUGGUUUCCAUGCUGAGCACCGCCCCCCAGCCCAUCCGCAACAUUGUUUUCCAGUCAGCUGUCCCCAAGGUCAUGAAAGUGAAGCUGCAGCCCCCCUCGGGCACGGAGCUGCCCGCGUUCAACCCCAUCGUCCACCCCUCAGCUAUCACCCAGGUCCUGCUCCUCGCCAACCCCCAGAAGGAGAAGGUUCGCCUCCGCUACAAGCUCCUCUUCACCAUGGGCGACCAGACCUACAAUGAGAUGGGGGAUGUGGACCAGUUCCCCCCGCCCGAGACCUGGGGGAGCCUCUAGAACAGAGGGGAGGGGAGGGGAGAGGAGGAGGGGACAACAGGACUGGCCACUGGCUAGCCUGGGUAGGAGGCUGCGGUGGCCUAGGACACCCAUGGCCCUGUCCCCUGUGCCUGGUGCUUCUCCCCUCACCCCUGUGGCCCCCUCCGUCCUUAACCCCUCCCCUGCUGAGCCAAACCCAGCAGGAGGCUGGGCCUGGGUUUGCACUGCUGGGGACUUCACCAUGGGUGGGAGCCGGGAAGGGCUGUGUGGCCCUGGAAGGACUUGGGGUCCUCGGAAGAAGCAUGGCUGCAGGCGAGGGCCAGGACCUUGGGCCCAGGCCCGGCCCCAGCCUGGGGUGGGGUCAUCCCCGCCUGUCCUGAUGCCUUAUGGGAAGGCCCAGCCAUAACGGGGCCAUGCUGGAGCCAGGGACCAGCUCAGGCCUCCUCCGCGAGAACUGGGUGACUGUGGGGGUGACGCCUGCGCCCCCAGCCGUUUGCACUCUCUGGUGUGUGGUUUGAUUCUCAGCUUUUCUUUGAUUGGCCCUGGGGUUGCCGUCUCAGGGGGCCCUGUUUGGGGAGCCGCCCCCCGGUCCUCCUGGAGGUCUCCCUCCACCCAUCUGGCCCCUUCGCUCUCAGGCGCCCUGAGGAGCUGUGGGGGCUAUGUGACUGCUGGCCCCAGGGUGAUUCCAGAGGCAGGUGGCCUCUGCCGGGCCUCCUGUGGGCGUCUCACCUCUCUGCCCAUCCAUCUGUCCGUGGGCAAAAAUGGGGUUGGUGUGUGAGAGAGCAGGAGUAUUUAUGGAAAUAAAAUGUCCUUUUUCCUGGACCGGCUACUCUCAUGGCCCUUGCGAGGUGGAGGGAGACAGGAGGUGUCCAAGAGGGGGAGGUCCUGGGCUGCCCCGUGGACCGCUCUGCUUCUGCCUUUGGUGAUCGGCACGGUUUCUCUCCCCACCACCCCUGAGCCCUGCACAGGAAGAGGCCCCGCCUGGGGGCCUGUGGCCUGUGCUGAGUCACCAGAGAGGGCUCAGGGCUGCGGAGGCCCAGAGCUGGCCCAGCUGGAAGUGAGCAGCGUCUUGCCGGGUCACCAGGAGCCCCGACGGCUUACAACUUCCUCCCACCGCACUCAGCCCUCAGGACACAACUGUGCGUAGCACCGCCCUGAGGUCUGUGCCUCAGCUUCUCCCUCUCCCCAGAGGCUCCUGGGAAGCAGGGUGCCAGCCGCAGCCUGUUUCUGGAGAGGCCCGAGGACCGGACUGGCAGCGGGUCCCAGCUGCGGCACACUUCGCCCUGGUGUUAUCAGUGUUUUCUCUUCGCCGGGGAGGCUGGGGUCCAGGCCCAGGGAGCAGCUUGGAGGCUCUGCAGCUGAGAGCCGACCAGUGCUGGGCUGAGCGAAGGGGAUUUAGUACAGACAGAGAAGGCCAGCGUGGAACCAGCCGUCCAGGCUGCUCUGCAGGAGGGGCUCCUGCUCAAAGGAGUCUGGGGAAGGCUGCGGUCAUUUCUGCUCCGCAGCAGACG